UGAUCGAGGCCGCAGAUGCGGCAGUAAACACAUCUCGGGAUCGCCUUUCUACUCCAGUGUAUCCUUGUAUCCUUUGCUUUGCGUGUCACUCAAGCGAUCAGCAAAACAACAACAAACAAUGCAGGCAGGGGAAAGGAGUAAGCAUCCUUUGUGGCUGUUUUGUUAGCUUUGAUCGGAGCUACUUAGCAUUUUCCUUGCUGGCUUUGUAGUCCCCUUGGAAUUCCGCAUGCCUCGCUGAGUUUUCCGCCCUGAUCGAACGGAAUAAUACUGCUUAGAUUCGAGAAAUGUAAAAUAUUUAUGCAUCCAUCGCAUUUGGGAUGUCUUCGUACACAAUCAGAGUGUGCCAUAAAUAUUUUGUCAAAAUUUAAAGUUGUUGCCCUCCAAGUGCUCCCAAUGUUAGGAGGUAGUUUAAGAAAUGACUGGGUCAUCUGUCCACCUGCCCUCCAGCUCCUCAACUUUCCUUCGCCACAGCAGCAGGAGCAGGCUCCUGGAACUUUGGCUCGAUACGAGCAUCCUUCGAUACACCAGCUUCGCUUGGCACCCCGUAGAUUAAGGCCACAGCGUUCGGUUCUGGAAGGCGGAGGCUCCAGAGGACUGGAGAACGGAAAUGGCGACUCAUCGAAAACGAUAUUUGUGCGGCGCUGCUACAUGAUGGCUGGAUUGUUUUCGAUUACAACUACGAUACUUGCCAUAAUCCUGUCCAAGGUAAUUCCUCCGGAGGCAGAUCUUAUGAUGGCAGGAUUCAUAAGUGCAAUGGUGUCCCUAAUGUUUCUCUUUGUCUUCUGUAUUUUGACCAAGUUGCGGAGGUUUUAUUGGUAUAGUUUCAUCAUGGCUGGGUUGUUUGUUAGUCUGGCAGGUUUGGGCGUGAUCCUGCUUCUGGAGCGGAACCUUGCCCGCGUGUGCUUUGCCCUUCUGGUGGCCUCUGCUAUGACUGUGAUCUGCUAUUUCGCUGGCGCAUGGAUACCCAAGAUCAUCCUCCCAGGAGAGAGGACUAUGUUUCUCCUGCUCGUAAUCUUCGUGAUGGGCGCAAUCUUUGUGAUGACCAUGUUUAUCUUCACAGACAAUUGGAUCUAUCAGUUCGUGUACUUCACGUUAUUGGCCACUUUGCUAAUACCCGCAUCCGUUUACCAUGCUCAGGUGGUUCAUUCCAGGCGAUUCCAGGUGCCCGAUUAUGAAUUUGUGAUUUGCGCCGUCAACAUCUAUCUGCACUUUCUGUUGUUCUUUGCGGCCUUCUACUUUGUCAUCUGGGCUCCCAAGUGGUGAGAAAUUCCGGCACUUCUAAAAACUCUGUUUAUUAUAGGAGUCACGGAGGAGUGUCCGUGUAAUUCUUGAUGUAUAUUAUUUUGUUAAAUCAUAAUAAAAAGGUUUUAAUGAGAAAAGAUACCAAUUUAUAAAUAAAAGAUAUAGAAGGUGAGCAGCUUUGCCAGGAGGUAAGUGUCAGGGUGCAUGCC